AUCCAAGAUGGCGGACGAAGCGUCAUAAAUCUUCCUUUUCUUAUUUUAGUCUUCUAACUUCCUUAUUUUAAACUCAAAAUAGCUCUAAGCACAUGAUUUAGUCUUUAUAUGCGUUUGUUUAAUCUUUCAAGGUUAUAUUACAGUGAACAGAGUAGUUAUUUUGGAUAUAUAUUAUAAAACUAUGGCGAAUAUUCCAACUCCUGUUAUCUCACACUUGUCGAGUAAAGACUAUCAAGAUGUUUACGAGCCGGCUGAGGAUUCAUUUCUAAUGAUGGAUGCUUUGGAAAAAGAUGUUGAGUUCCUGAAAGAGCGUAGACCCACUCUUUGUGUUGAAGUUGGCAGCGGCUCUGGGGUACUUAUCAGUUUUCUGGCCAGUAUCCUGGGGAAUUCUGCUUAUUAUUUGACAACAGAUAUCAAUGCCCAAGCUGCAGUCUGUACAAGAAAGACUGUUGAUGUCAAUGGAUACCACGUCUGUCCAGUUGUCACAAAUCUCUUAGAUGGUUUGAUACCAAGAUUAAAUGGUAAAGUUGAUGUCUUGCUAUUUAACCCUCCAUAUGUAGUAACUCCUUCACAUGAGGUUGGUAGUUUUGGUAUUGAAGCAUCAUGGGCUGGUGGUGUGAAAGGUAGAGAGGUGAUUGACAAAUUUCUGCCAUUAGUGCCGUCAUUGCUUUCAAAAACUGGCUGCUUUUAUCUUGUUACGAUAGCAGAAAACAAACCAGAAGAAAUAAAAAAGUUGCUACAAGAUCUUGGAAAUCUAGGCUGUACUACUGUGAUGCAAAGAAGAGCAGGUCCAGAAAGACUAUCUAUCUUAAAGUUUACUCAUUGAUACUAGUUACUGAUCAUYUAUAUGGAUGAGAUUCUGAGGGAGUGUCAUUAUUGUGCAGAAAUGGUACCAGUUACCACAGCAGAUAUUUGACAACAAACUGCUCUGGUCCAGUCGAGUGGUUUGCCUGAGUUACAGCUGAGGUAACAGGAACAUUGAGUGAAAUCAUUUUGUAUGAUCCAUGAGCCACAAUUCAUCCCACAAGCACAACCAAUAGCUUUGUAGCCAGCAGGGCAGGUGGCAUUGUUUCCAUUGGUCUGUACCGGAGUGCACUUCAGUGUAGGAACCUGACCAGGAGGACCAUCUCUACCUGGUACACCAGGAGCACCAUCUUUCCCCGGUACACCAGGAGGACCCAUAGGACCAGGAACACCAUCUUUCCCUGGAAAGCCAUAUUCCCCCUUAAUACCAGGAUAACCUUGUUCUCCCUUCAAACCAGGAUAUCCUUUAUCUCCCUUAUCACCACGAUUUCCACUAGCACCAGUAUCACCCUUUGGGCCAGGAUGACCAGGAUCUCCUUUAGGACUAGGAUACCCUUUUUCACCAGGUUGACCAGGAGCACCAUCUUUUCCCGGUACACCAGGAAGGCCAGGAGGACCAGUACCUCCCCUUAGACCCAUAGGACCAGGAUCACCAUUUUUACCAGGUACACCAGGAGCACCAUUUUUCCCUGGCAAUCCUCGCACUCCCUUUACAAUAGAAUAACCAGCACUUCGUUGUCCAGGUGGACCAGGAUGUCCCACACAACCAGGAUAGCCUUGAAUUCCUUUUGGACCUGGUUCUCCCUUGAAACCAGGAUAAACGCUUUCCCCUUUUAUACCGGUUAGACCCUGUCUCCCUGUGAAUCAUCAAUAUUUACAAUUUGUUAGGUUUAUCUUUCUAUCCUUGUUUAUACCAGUCUUGUUAUCAUAGCAUGCUGGCUAAGCGACUUGUGCCACAAGUCAUGGUCAUCACAGAUCGUAGCAGGCAAACAAAUUUAGAAAAAGUUGACAAGUUAAAUAAAAUUGGGAGAAAAUUUUCUUCAUUGAUCA